UGAAGACCCUCUCACGCCACCCACCACCACCACCCCGUCUCCCUCCGGACGACACCCUGUAUACCGGGGAAUCCGAUUGAGAAGCAAAAAAUGGGCGUCAGAAAUUCGAAAACCACGUGAAACUACACGUAUAUGGCUCGGUACCUACCCCACCGCAGAAAUGGCCGCUGCAGCGUAUGAUGUGGCUUCUUUGGCAUUGAAAGGGCCCGACACCACCGUGAACUUUCCAAAUUUAGUUUCCACAUAUCCAUUGCCUGCUUCGCUAUCCGCAGCUGAUAUUCGGGCUGCAGCUGCUAGUGCUGCAGUAGCCAUGGCGCCACCGCGGCAAGAGGUUGGUGACCAGGCGGCGCUGCCACAAGCCCAGUCUGGAAAUGAAGUCUUACAAGAAUUUGUCGACGAGGAUGAACUUUGGAACAUGCCAAAUUUGCUGGUGGACAUGGCCGAGGGCAUGCUCGUGAGCCCACCUAGGAUGAAAUUAACCGGAGGUUAUGACUCACCGGAAAAUUCGUCGAACGAUACCCUUUGGAGUUAA